AUGCUGAGCGAGCUGCUGACCGAGUUUCCAGGCCAGCUGAGCACUCGUCUGGCUCUUAACGUUAUCCUGACUAUCACAGUAAUUGCCCUGAUCCGUCCAUUCAGCCAGAAGCUUUUGCUUCAGUAUGGGCUGCGGAAGCUGCCCUUAAUCAAUGGCCCGGGGCUAUUUCAGUCCGCCAAUCAGUCGAAGCAGACCUUUAUAUGGAACGCACAGGAACUGUUAGACGAAGGAUUUACCAAGGCAAGCAGAGCGUUCCGAGUCGAGACGGACAACGCCGAGGUGCUGGUUCUGUCACCAAAUUAUGCCGAUGAAAUCCGUAAGGAUGAUGGAUUCAGCUUCACGCAUCUGCUCCAUAAGGACUUUCGGGGACAUAUCCCGGCCUUCAUCAAUUUCAAUCUUAAAAAAGGGCUAAAUGACAUGGCAAACGACGUGAUUCAGGCCAAGGUCACACCCUCGCUGGGCUUGGUCACUGAGGAUCUUUCCGAAGAAGGAGCCUUGACUUUUAAGGACCAGUGGACAGACCACCCGGGUAAUAUAAAACAGGAAAGAACGCUUCUAGAAAUCGUGGCACGUCUUUCAUCUCGAGUCUUUCUGGGGCCAGAGAUUUGCCGCAAUCCCGCCUGGCUACGUAUUACGAUCGACUACACAGUCAACGUCUUCUUUGGAGUUAUGGCGCUGAAAAGAUGGCAUGUGUUCAUUCGCCCGCUGAUCUGGCGAUGCGUGCCUGAGGUUAGCAAAGUCCGAUCCCAAAUUAACGAGGCCGUUGCCAUCAUCCAACCGGUCGUCGAAAAAAGAAUGGCUGAGCAUGCUCCCGGGUCCAAGAAGACACACAACGAUGCCAAUCAAUGGGCUAUUGAGCUUUCGAAGGGGAGACCCUAUGAUCCGGCUCUUCUUCAACUGGGAUUUUUCCUGGCGGCCAUCCAUACCACUACGGAUCUCUUGAGCCAAGUCAUGUAUGAUCUCUGCGCGUAUCUGGAAUGCAUCGAGCCGAUGCGUGAAGAGAUUCAAACGAUACUUAAGGAGGAGGGCAUGACGAAGGCAGGACUCUUCAAAUUGAAGCUUAUGGACAGUGUCAUCAAAGAGACCCAGCGGUUUAAGCCCGGUGCAAUACCUCUGAUGCGUCGUCUGCUGCUGCAGGACGUAACUCUCUCUGACGGAACAUUCCUCCCCAAAGGCUCAUCCUACACAGAUCCCGAGAGGUUCGAUGGCUAUCGAUUCGUGAGAAUGGCCGACGAUCCUAAGAAGGAGAAAUUCCGUCAUCUUAUUAAGAUUGCACUCAUUCACAUCCUCAUGAAGUAUGAUUUCAAAUUACCCGAGGGAACCACGCCCGCAGUUAUGAAAAUGGGGUGGGUAUUGAGUUCCGAUUCAAAUGUUCAAUUGCUGGUUAGAAGAAGGCAAAUGGUGGAGGAUGCUCCGUUAUAG